AUUUUCACCUACAUCCCUGAAUUUAGGAAAGUCAGCAGCAGGGGUGAUUCCCAGAGACAGUGCAGUGAAAGUUAUCAAACGCUACUAAAGAGUUCCUUCUCUUCAUCUAUCACUAGAAAUGCCGAAGUCCAAGCGCAACAAAGUUGUGACACUGUCAAAGACAAAGAAAAAGGGGAGGGAGCAUAAAGAAUUGAUUGUGAACUCUCUGAGGCAAGCCUUGGAUGAGUACACUUCCAUAUAUGUUUUUACUUUUGAGAACAUGAGAAAUCUCAAGUUCAAGGAGUUCCGGGAACAAUUGAAGUCUACCAGUAGAUUUUUCCUUGGCUCAAAUAAAGUUAUGCAAAUUGCCUUGGGACGAACUGCUGCGGAUGAAGUCAAAGAAGGCAUUCAUGAAGUUUCCAAGUUUCUUCAAGGAAACACUGGCCUUGUUUGUACUAAUCUUCCUAAAGACAAAGUCCAGAGCUUGUUUGAGGCCUAUGAAGAACAUGACUUUGCUAGGACUGGUUCUGUUGCAAAAGAAACGGUCGAGCUGAAAGAAGGCCCUCUUGAGCAGUUCACACACGAGAUGGAGCCAUUCUUGCGUAAGCAGGGAAUGCCUGUUCGCUUGAAUAAAGGUACAUUGGAACUAGUGGCGGACUUUGUCGUGUGUGAAGAAGGAAAGCCCAUAUCGCCUGAAUCUGCUCGCAUACUGCGUCUGUUGGGGCUUGAGAUGGCUACAUUCCGGCUACACCUCAUUUGCCGAUGGAGCCUUGGCGAAUUUGAGGUGUAUAGAGACGGUGCCCUUGGUUCAUUUGUCUCAGAUGAUGAUGGCGCUUCAUGAGACACUCUCUCUUCUCUCUCUCUCUCUCUCUCUCUCUCUCUUUCUCGGUCGCUCUCUAUCGUACAGGAGAAAUAACAUAUAGCAAUAUUUAUCUUUAUUUGGGUAUAUGUAACCUUUUUCUGGUUUAGUUUGUAUAUGUUGCUUCUGCAUCAGGUAGAGUGUAUAGCAAGGCCAUGGCUGGUAUCUGCCAACCUUGGGUUUUCUGCUGGUCUUAGUAUGAGUGUGUUUUAUUUCGUUUCGUUCAAGACUCUGCUUGUAUGAGCUAGAGGGUUUUUUUUUGGUGAAUCAUGAGCUAGGGAGUUGAACACGGAUACUAUUGAGGGGCAUUUUUUCUGUUAGAAUUAGGGUAAGUGGAGGAAUUCCGGCGAAUGAUUUUGGGUUCAGAGAAAGAGAGUUAUGUAUCACAGAGCUAUGAGUAAAAUCCUAGGGCUGCGUUUUGUAUUAA